UCACUGUGCUGAUUUCUACAUCACUGUCGAUGCUGUCAUUGGUAUUGAACACCCCGUCAACUCUGUCGGUCCUCUCCUUUGGAAAUUCCAGUAGCUGCGAACCAGGCGUGGCUUGUCCGACUUGCUGGAUGCAAUUCAUUGUCACCUGCCGUCGGAGAUCUCUUGGAACGAUCAACGGGGGCGAGACCAGGAGCUUACAUUGUGGACUUCGGUUUCAGAAGUGAGGAUUGCAAGUGAUAAAGAAACAUGGCAGCCCGAGUUGCUUUCGCAGUGUUGGUAGUCACGGCCAUCGUGUUCGCAGCCCAGGCCUGCGAACCCGAGACCCUUGGCGAUUACUUUAUCCCACCCGGUGUUGACAGGAAUAAUAUCGGAAGUGACUACUUCACUUCUACGCUGUUACGUGGUGAGCCAGUGAUCGCCGCAGGUGCCAAGUUCAGUGCCAAAAGACUUGGCUCGAAUGAAUUCCCGGUUCUCACUAACCUUGCUGUGUCAUCUGCACUCCUCAAGUACUUGCCCGAGGGCAUCAACCCUUUCCACAUCCACCCUCGGGGCACCGAGCUGUUGAUCGUGUUAAAGGGAACUCUGAACGUGGGCCUCAUCGACACCGCCAACAAGCUCUUCACCGCCGUGUUGCAGGAGGGCGAUGUGUUCGUUUUCCCCAAGGGAUUAGUACACUACCAGAUCAACUUAAGCCGCCUGCCCGUGAUUGCAUACGCUGCCUUCAGCAGCUCCAACCCCGGAACCGUGUCUCUGCCCGUGACCUUGUUCGGCACCGGCAUUCCCAAAGUCGUCCAUGAGACUGCAUUCAAGGUUCACAAGCUUGUCAUUGACAAGCUUGAGGCACCAUUCCGUAACUAGGGUGAUUUUGGAAAUGGGGGAUACGCACGGGUAGUGAUUCAAUGAUCUGCUAGAAUCAUUCCAGCACUGGAAUGGUCUUCAAGCAUGUGACGAUGUAUUGUGAUCCAAAGAUUUGAAUACCUUCAACCCGAAAUCUCACCGUUACCUCUA